UGUCAGAAAAAGGAUCGUUGCACUUUUUUAUCACAAAAGCGCUUAAAUCUUUAAAAAAAUAAGUUUUUAUAUGGAUUUAGUAUAGUUUAUCAAAUUGUACUUAAUUGUAAAAAUGUUCUGGAGCGCGAAUUAUGUGGGCAUGAGGGAGUUGAAUUUCCUUUUAAAAGAGGAGAACGUAACGUUGACACAAAUCUUGGAGGCGGAUGAUAUCCUGCAGGAGUGUAAGGCGGACAAUAAGGCUUUAAUACAAUUUCUUACAAGAUCAGAAAUUUUGGCCGAGCUCAUAACGCUCAUAACAGAAGAACCACCCAAGGAUGUAGAGCUGACGUCACAGUACCGGCACUCCAACAUAGCGUGUGAGGUGUUAACAAGCCAGUUAUCAACAUUGAGUCACCGACUAUGCAUGGAUCCGGUGCAAAUGAAUAGACUCUGUGACUUUGUGAACAGGGAACCACCUCUCAAUCCUCUGUUGGCUUCAUACUUCAGUAGAACUGUAGAAACAUUGCUUAAAAAGAGUCCCAAACAGGAUUGCUAUCUACAUCACAUAGUGUGUUUGAGAGCAUUAGAUUUCUUCAAAGCACGGAGGGACUUCUUGCCCAAUCUAUUGAGGCAUAUCUCCACAUCAGCUAUAGCUGACACCUUCAAGUAUUUCAUAGGCCUUUCAGAUCCAUUUGACAAAAUUAUUAUGGAGGCAAAUGAAGUUGAUCGUGUCCACAGCGAGAGCGUCGUCAGCGUGGACGAGGCGCGGGAAGUGGAGCUGGCGAUCACGCCGCACCUGCCGCUGCUGCACCAGACCCUGCUGCGCGAGCUGCCCGCCGGGGGCGACGCGCGGGGCGCCGGGGGAGCGGGGGCGCCGGGCGGGGCGCCGGGCGGCGCGGGGGCGCCGGGCGGCGCGGUGGGCGCGGCGCGCGUGCACGUGGCGGCGCUGAUCGCGAGACUCAUGUACUCGCACGAGGAGGACGUGCACAACGCGAUACUGUGCCUCGGCACGGUGGGCGUGCUGCUGGACAUGUUCUUCGCGCACGCGCACAACAACUUCCUGCACGCGCAGGUGUGCGAGCUGCUGCACAACAUCCGCCUCAACGAGCACUUCGCGCCGCGCUACUUCCGCCAGAUACUAGACGAGUACGAUUUACCGACGCGGCUUAUGGACGUGUUCGAAGCCAAUGAAGAUAAGAAGGUGCGGCCGCGCGCCGCGCUGAUGGGGCACGUGGUGGCGCUGUGCCACUCGCUGCAGGCGGGCGGCGUGUGCGCGGGGCUGCCGAUUCCUUACAUAUAG